AUGGCGACAGAGGUACAUGAACUCGUGGAGAUCCAAGAGCAAAGUAGUUCAGCUCAGGAGGAUAUUGCUCUCCGACCUAAAGGCCAAUCGAGCCGCCGCUCAGAGUUCCUUAGCCGCAUUUCUCUGCAUCGCUUCAGCAUGUUUGUGCCGAACGCCUGGAGACGCUUCGUUUUCCUUGUUUUGUUGCCAGGGAUUCUGGCUCAGACGUGUCGGAAUCAGCAGGUGUACAAAAAUCAAGAAAGCCUCCUUGUACUUAAUAAAAUGGGAGGAUCACUGACACUGCAGUGCUCACUUGAAAAACAAUCGCUGUGCGCUCAGAGAGUGAAUUUGACCAAACUCCGGGACAGGGGCGAGGAAUGGAUAACGGUUGUCUAUGAAAUGUUAAGUCAUAUGAGAAAGAUCUACAACAUGAACCUGGAUUCCGUCACGUGGCCCCCGGACCAGGUGGAAUCAUUCAGGGUUCUCCUGGAUGGGCAGCUCAGAGAGCUGGAAGAGUGCGCCACGAGGCGCGGCCUGGGGUCUCGUCCAAGGAGAAGGACCGCAAUUAAAAAAUACUUCAGAGAACUCACCAAAUUUCUUAAACGGAAGGGAUUCAGUGCCUGCGCCUGGGAAAUAACCCGCACUGAGACGCGGGCGUACUUUCAGCAGUUCCCUCGCAUAAUGGCAGACGACAGCGAGAGAAGAUGA